AUGGACCAGCUCAGGAGAUUCAUUCAAUGGGAUGCCAAAGGAAUACUGGAAAAGAUACGAUUGUGUUUGAUAAAGAAACUGCUGCCAGACUGGGAAGACAGAAGGAAGUAUCACGAGGAGUUUGCCUCAUCCACUUCGUUCCAUGGUGUGCACAACAUUGUGCACAGGCAGAGCAGGGCCCGCAGGGCGCUGUGGCUGCUGGUGGUGGCGGGCUGCCUCGCCACUGCUGCCUGGCAGAUCUGCAGCCGCUUCAGCUACUACCUCAGCUGGCCAACCACCACUGCCGUGGUGGUCCAGUACACGGAAAAAGUCAAAUUCCCCGCCGUGACCUUCUGCAACUUGAACAGGUUUCAAGCUCAUGCUGUGAGCAACCUGAAAGUAAUUUUUUUAAUUUGGAACACUGUAUCUGCAAUUCUCCAAAAAUUUGCUAUGGAAGACAAAUAUUCCGAGGAGUUAAAUGAUUUCCUACUUGGGAACCAGAACUUCAGCAUCAAAGACUUUACAAGGCAAAAUGGGUUUUAUCUGAACAGCAGCACAUUGCUUGAAUGUGAUUUUUUUGGAAAGCCAUGUUACCCACAGGAUUUUGAACAUGUCUUUACUGAAUAUGGAAACUGCUUUACUUUUAAUCACAAUGAUCUUUCAGCAAGAAGAGUGAGUUUGUCUGGAAGAGGCUUACAUUUGCUUUUUGAUGUCCAGCAGGACAAAUUCACUGAUGAGCCUACCCUUGGUUAUACUGACGCUGGAAUAACUUUUGUUGUCCACUCACCCCAAGAGCUGCCGCGCUUUGAUGGGUUGGGUUUGCUGACGCCAGUGGGGACGCACGCGCAGGUCGCAAUCCGCCAGCUGAAGUCAAUUAUCCAAGAAUACCCAUGGGGAGAGUGCAAGCCUGAUAUAAAGCUUCAGUACCACGAGAUUUAUAGUACUAAUGGAUGUUUGCUGGAAUGCAAAGCCCGGUACAUUCAGGACUGGUGUGGCUGUUUGCCAUUCAUUCUUCCAGGAAAUGGAACAGAAUGUGACUUGCUGAAGUUUUACAAAUGUGUUUAUCCAGCAGUCUAUAAUAUAGAGAUAAAAGGAUUAUGUACAGUAGGAACACACAAUUCCACUUGCCCUGCCCCAUGUGAAGAAACAGAUUAUCCUACCACUGUCACCUAUUCAAACUUUGGAGGAGAAAAAGCCAUAAAAUAUUUUUCUACAAAACUGAAGAAGAGCCCAGAAUACAUCAGGCAAAACCUUGUGCGUAUUGAGAUUAAAUAUCAUGAUCUGAGCUACAAAAUAACACAGCAGCAGAAGGCUUUGACUAUCUCUGAGUUGCUUGCUGAUGUAGGUGGCCAGCUUGGAUUGUUUUGUGGUGCCAGUAUGAUUACAAUCAUAGAACUGCUAGAGUAUGUUUUUACUAACUUCUGUUGGAUGUGCAUCUUUCUUCUUUUGAAAGCUCCUGAAAUGCCUCAAUGGAACAAUCCAUCCCAGAACCAACCAACACAAAAGGGAAAAAAGAGGAGAAUACAAGAAUGUUAAUGGCUUGUGGAAGUCUGGAACUAAUUGGUUUUGCAAAUUCCCUUUCUUUUUAAGAUACAAAGGAGACUGUAAUAUUUUACACUGCUCUCCUUAUUCUCCCUAUUAUUCCCUAAAAUGAUUUAACUGUGCUAAAUAACUUUAAAGAGCGCAUUUCACAAAGUCUCACUUUCCUUCUCAUAUAAAGAAAAAUGUAAUCUUUAACUUUGAUUUAACAAAUUAGGGGUUUUUUUAAAAUAUCAUGGCAAGUGAUGCUGACAUAUGAUACAAUUUAGCAUUCGUAACCCAGAUUUUAUCUUCUGUGUUCUGAGUGAUGAGAAGUAAUACACAUGCCAAUUUAUCUCACAGAAAUUUCUUGACUACCAUAAACAUGGAGCAUUGCUAAUUCUAAAAUGCUUGUUCCUUAUUAGCAACUCUUCUAGUAUGUUAUCAUUGUAACAUAUUCCAUUGAAGAAUAUGGUAACUUCACCUAGAACAAUUAGGAAUGUGCCUAAUAGCAAUAAAAUUUACAAUACUACCUGUGUGAAACACAUCAAAAAAUCUCAUCAGUCUGCCAGCUAUUAUGGAGAACAACAGGGCAUCCAAGUGGAUGGCAAGUGGGCAAACACAG